CUCCUCGUGAGGCGAAUGUGAAAUACCUAGUAGUAGGUUAUAUAUAAUUAAUUAAUUAUAUAUAGCCCACGUAUGAUGUUGGUAGCUUCCUUAAUUAGUAUCUUCAUCUGAUUUCGUAUAUUUCUAUUAUUAUUAUACUCCAAUCCAUCCGUAUAUUUGUCUUACUAGCUAGCUAGCUAGCUCAGCUCCCUGCUGCAGGCCGGCCGGUCAGUUUGAGAUUUCAUUUUCCGAUCGAGUUAAACUCCGGCCUGGCCUGGGCAAUAUAUAAUUAUGGUAAUCGAUCAAGACUUGCGCUUCUACGUUGGAAUUAUAGGAUUUAUCCCCUCCAUUUUCAUCUUCUUCUCCCCCGCGGAAGUAUUUUGGAGGAUAGUAAAGAAGAGAUGCACGGAAGAAUUUGAGAGCAUCCCCUAUAUCUCUGCAUUGCUGUGUUCAUCCCUUUGGUGUUACUAUGGCUUCACCAAACCCGGAGAGCUUAAGGUUUUUACCAUUAACGCCAUAGGCGUCGUUGUCGAGUCCAUUUACGUCUUCAUCUUCCUCAUCUUUGCUCCUCCAAAGAUCAAGCGGAAGACAGCCGGACUGGUCGGCUUCCUCAACAUAGGGUUUGUGGUAGCGGUGGUUUUGGUAACCAAGUUGGUAUUUCAAGGAGCUGCUUUGAUCAAUGCCAUAGGGUAUCUAUGUGUUGGAUUGAAUAUAAUCAUGUAUGCCUCCCCCUUGGCUGCAAUGAGGACUGUAAUGAGGACGAACAGCGUGGAGUUCAUGCCGUUUUACCUGUCAUUGUUCAUCUUUCUAAACGGUAGCGUUUGGACGUUAUAUGCUUUCCUAGACCACGACUGGUUUCUUGGGGUGCCAAAUGGGAUGGGCUUCAUAUUUGGAGCAGCAGAGUUAAUACUUUAUGCCAUUUACAGUAAGUUAGAAAAAGAAGCCAAACAUCCCACCACUGUUUUCGAAGACUACACACAAAAUGAGCCCCUUAUUCCACCUUCAAAUCACUAUGGAGUCGUUGUUCAAGUAUAGACUUGUAUUAUGGAUGUAAUACGAUGCCAGAAGUUCAACCAAAAUAACGAAAAGUACAUGGACUGUCUGCAAAUAUUGAUACCACGAGAAUUAUUGUUAUUGUUAAGUUCUUGUUCAAUCUGAUGGUUAUUAUAUUUUUUUGUAUGAUUACGUACAUUGUAUUUAAUUAUUCAUUUGAGCAAAUUGUAUCCUAUCAAAUAUUCAAAUGUAUUUGCUACUUUGUUUUGACAAAAUUGGUUGGAUAAGUAUUCUCACUUGAUCAAACAAAAUCAACCCUUGUUUUUAUUUUUAAAACAAUAAACCUUAUUU